GAGUUCCUGUCUGCAGUUUCCUCCUCUCAGGCACACAAACUGCUACUUUAGCAGAAAUAUCAAGCCAAAGGAUUCAGUGUACUAAGGUAUUUUAUAUUAAUCAGUAAGAGCCAAGGGCCACCUCGCCAGGCCUGCAAGCAGCACAGUGCUUCUAUCAUGGUUGACAACAUCGUUUUAAAAUCUCUCGGGUUAGUUUUGAUCAUCACAGCUCACAUGGUAUUCAACGGCCUCAGCCGAGCAUACACUGGGCUCAUGGGCAACAACAUCACCCUUCAAUUCAAAUUUAACGUCACUGUCACAGAAAAGCAUCUUGCAUGUUAUAAAGAACCCCAAACAAAGGUUGCUGAGUAUUCAAAACAAAGACAUUUUCCAGAAGAUGGUGACAUUAUCAUCUACCCUAACAAAACUUCUGUGUUUUGCCACAUUACAAAUCUCAAACUAAAUCAUAGUGGAAUUUACUGGGCCAGUUUGUUGGACUCAGGACUCGCCCUAGAGAGUCUUCGGGUGCAGCUGACUGUUGAAGAGAAGGAGCACAGAAACAGCACAGUGUCUCCAAAGCCGAAUGACAUCACAACAAAUAAAGACCGUGGAAGUCCCAGUUUCUUUUCCUCUCACAUCGUCACUGUCCUUGUGGUUUCACCUGUGGUGCUGAUGGCUGCAGUACUUCCCUGGUUGAUCUGGUGUCUCUUGAGAGCCAAAGACACUCAACAGCGGCAACCAGAAGCAAGCCCUAACCCCACAGUACAAGAAACAAUUGAGGCAACCAACACUGUCCCUGCACCCCCUCUGGUCUACAGCGUCCUGGACUUCCCCAAAAGACCUUCAGCAGUUUUGGAGAUUAAUCCGAGUGAUACAGAAUACGCUGCUGUCAGUUAUCUUCCCGAAAAUCAGCAAAGGUGACGCGCAGCUGAAUGUAAACCAGCUGUCUUUCUUGGUUUGGGCAAGGGUACGCAAGAUGACUUAUAUCUAAAACUAUAUGUCUAGUAAGUAUGAUAAAUGCUUUCUGUAACACAGUGAUGAAUCCUGACAGCCUGUAGGCUUCUUGCAAUAAUUUCAAACAAAAGAGUUUAGAGGGGAAGAGUCAUUGUUCUGCUUGGGUCGGAAGUACGUAGGUGUCACUUUGUUUCUGGGGUCGUGACAGUUGCUGCGACAAACCACAGGCUGGCGCACAUAAUGACACACUUUUGUUUUUUCUUUGCUUUUAUUUGUUCAAGGGUCAUCUGGCCUCUAAACCCUAAAAGGGAAAGUCUGGUGAGAUUUUUUUGCUGUCGUUAAAAAAUGCCAUACGAAGACCAAAACUAACAAUGCGUUGAUCCUACUAAAACGUAUGUCCUGUGUAGUCAGGCUCGAUUUAUGUUACUCCUCUGUGCCACAGACUCAAUUGGUAUCCAAAAACUACACAUUAAUGCACUGGGUGACAGGUACUGUUGUUGAGAUGAACAUGGGCACUGUAGUUUAUUUUGGGUGCCACAAACAUUGUCCUGCUGCUGCGAAUAAUCACUGGAGCACCAAAUGUGUAUUAAUACGCCACUGAAAAUAGUCCCAAAAAAAACCCACUGUAUAAUCCUGCUUGAGUAAUAUUUCUUAAAAGCUACAGUGCCCAGCUUCUUUAAUGAAUACUGGGUGUGUUUGUAAUAUAUAUAUAACAAUUAAACAAUAUAUUUUGAGCUGUUUUUUUUUUUUACAUAUAUUUUUGUCUUCAGUAAGAUCAAAUGGGCUCACACCUGAUUGCCACACACAGGGUGGGAAAGUACUGAGAGUCACGUAGGCGUAAGGGACAUGUCCCCCUUGAUAUUUAGCACAUGUGCAAUCAACACAUUCUUACUCAUAUCAACGUUUCGUCAUGGACUUUCCAUGUCGACAUACAACAUGCAAGGUACUUUAGAUAUGUUUGUUGUUGACCUUCUGGGUCGCUGUGUCAGCUUCAGUCCUGUUAAGUGCAUUGGGUGAUUUAAAAACACACAGGAAAUGUAAAAUUUGCAUAUAGUCUCUUUUUGAAUAAACAUACUACAUUGUUAAAACACUGCGAAUUGAUGUUUUUUAAAGCCGCGUAUCAUGCUGGCGUGAAAGGACGGCUUUUUUCAUUGGUGUCUGGUGCAGGAAGUCACUGCCCAAGUGUUAUAAUUCAGUGGCUGGUGCAUUGUCCCCCCAAAUAAAUACAUAAAGGUGGCAGAGGACUGUUAUUGUGAUCAAAUUAAAGACAUUUACACUUUGAAUUAAAACAGAAAAAGCACAAAUUUGUACAUAAAAAUUCACCAGAAUGCAGAGAAUUAAAUGUCUGAUUCACAUUUUUUUCUGGCACAGGACCCCCAAGCCCAAACCUGGGUGAACACAUUGAUGUUUUUGGUCUUUUCUUGGAUUUCUUGAUAACAAAAAUAUAGAAAAAAGCUAGGCUUAUCAUUUAAGCCACAGUUAAGCUAAAGUACAUGUUGCUAGCACUGUCUCAAAUAUAGAAAAACAUUUCUGAGGGUGUUGACAGAUGACAGAUGACUGACAAGAUAUUAAAAGCAAUCACAAACUGUUUUUUUACAAGUUCACUUUCCAAGUAAAAUUCUGUCCGUUUUUGCUUCAACUUUUCCUCUCCAGAUUAAAUCUGCAUUCCAGCGCUGUAGUGACAUCUACGACUUGUUUAUUAAUAUUCUUAUCUUCAGCGAGGAGGUGUGAUAUCCUUAAAAGCUCCCUCUGGGUUUCAGGUUGAGUCACUUUAUCUUUUCUGUCAAUGAUUUGUUUUUCAUCAUUGCGUUUAUCACAGUUUUGACACAGUGUUUCCACUGUUAAACUAAACAAAACUAAGAACAAUAAGUGAAAUGAAACAGUCUUAGGAAAUGGUGACAUUUUAUUUGAAGUUUAGACGUCUCAGCUCAACAGUACUGUAUAUUCACAGGUUGCAUGGGUGAUUUUCCAUUUACUGUAUGGUGCGACAGUUUGACACUGUCACACCAGUUUAACACAUACAAUCUAUCUGACACUAUCUCACUGCCAUUUUCCACUGCAUGGUCUCUGAAGUUCUCUUUUGGCAGGUGCUUGUUGAUUUGUGAGACAAAGAUUUGAUUUAUGUUCUCAGUGCCACGUGCUGGUGUCAUUAAUGUGUGAUAUCCAUAUAUUAACUCAACCGACUCAUCUGUUCACCAGUGGCAGAGAAGCAGGUUCUUUAUUUGUCACGGAUGUUGGUUGUUAUGUAGGAAGGAAAAUAAUCAGCCAGCCUGGUAAAUGAUGACAUGUUUUUUAAAAAGGUGGCCACAGGGAAUGCAGCCAAACACAGACUAACUUUCUUUUCUGCUCUGAAAAAUGUCUUGAUGAAAUAGCAAAAGUGCAUUUUGAAAUCUACUAAGUUUCUUGUCCUGUCUGGUGUUAUUAUUUCACAUACUACUCAACUGUUUUUUCUUGAAAUGCAGAAGUGAAUGUCAAAAUACAGUAAUAAACUUUAUUUUUGUGUGCAAAUGUCCUUAGUUCACUAGUAUUGAAUCUAUGAGUUUCAUGUAAGUAACAGAAAACACAUUUUGUUUUGGUGGUAUAUUCAAGGCAUGUUUAAAUGUGAUUUUAAAAGAACACAUUGUGCAUGCACCUCUUUGUGUUUUGGUUGUAAAAUUAAAAUGUUUUACUGCAUGCGCAGCUUGUUGAAUUGUUGGUGUCCUGAA